CAAAACCUCCGUCUCGAGGCUGGUUCGCUAAUUCAUGUUUAACCCUAAUUUUGUUUUAAGAAAACCCUAAUAUCUGCCCCCACGCUAUGGAUUCCGAAGUGGAACCACCGCAGAAAAAGAAGAAAACAUCAGACUCAUCUCUGUCGUUUUUGUCACUUCCUGAUGAAAUCGUUGUAAGCUGUUUAGCCCACAUACCCAAAUCGUAUUACCCGGUACUCUCCCUAGUCUGCAAGAGCUUCUGCUCUCACAUCUUAUCCUGGGAGCUCUACGUGGAGCGGUUUUAAAUUCGGACACGUGAAGACGUCCUUCACGUCUGCUUACAGUUGCCCAAUUAUGUUCUUCCCUCAUGGUUUAGUCUCUGGAUAAAACCUAAUCAAACCCUGACCAACGACAUAGGGAAGAAGAAAAAGUCCACCAGGAACGCUUUGUUGGUGCCAGUACCUUCUUCAUAUACUCCUCGUGUACUAAUGUUCGUCGGUGAGAUUGGCUCGGAGUUAUACGCUAUCAGCAAACAUUAUACUCCGUCCUCUGUCAUGUGGGUUUGUAAUAAGAGUAGUACAUACGCCUGGCGUAAAGCCCCUUGCAUGACGGUAGCUCGAGCCAAUGUUGUUGCGUGUGUCCUCCAUGAGAAAAUAUACGUUAUGGGAGGUUGUGCGGCACAUGAAUCCACAUACUGGGCUGAGGUUUUUGACCCAAAAACCCAAACUUGGGAACCUUUGCCUGACCCCGGGGUUGAGCUACGCUUAGCUUCAAUUAAAGCUAUGAAAGUUAUGGAAGGAAUGAUUUACGUUCAGAACAGCGGUACGAUGGAGUAUGUUUAUAAUCCAAAAGAAAAUAAAUGGGACGUUAACGCAAGAGCAUUCGUGAUUGAGAGAAAGUGUGAGAUAAAGAAUGUAUUGUACCGUGUUGGUAGGCAAAGUUGUUUGUGGUAUGACACAAAGCAAAAAGAAUGGAGAGCUGUCAAGGGUUUGGCUACAUUGAAUAGGUAUCGCUGUUCAUCAGAUGUUUUUGAAAUAGCUAACUAUGGUGGAAAACUCUUAAUUUUGUGGGAAAUAUUUGCAAAGCCUCGUCGUCAAAACAAGAAUAUUUGGUGUGCGGUGAUUGCACUUGAAAAACGCAACGAUGGUGAAAUUCGGGGAAAGGUUGAGUGGGCUAGUAUUGUGCGUACGGUUCCUAGUUCAUAUGUUUUCUUGCGUUGUGAAGUAAAGCCGGUUUGAUCAAUAUCUGUGAUCUUGCUUUUGUUUUUAGUCUAUUGCGUAAAUGGUUUCUUAAGUCAUUUUCUAUAAACUAUGUAUCGUUUAAAAUAAAAUAAAAUAAUGUUAUGUUCAAAUUUAAA